AUGCAAAACAGUGUUGGAACUGGUGGUUGCUUGGAAAGGCGUUCGGAAAACGGCGAGAUCAUCCAGGUUGUCCAGGCUGGCGUCGAUCGCGAGUGGAAAGACACUGAUGGCAGCAAAGCGGCGAAGAAACGAAAGAGAAAAGAGAUAAUAGAAAAGACAACGUAUAUGAUAAACAAGAGAAAGUUUGGCAUUCGUCGCGACGGCGGCUCAAAAAUGAAAGGCUAA